GGAUACGCAUGCGCCAUUGGUUGGCGGGUGUUUUGCAAAUGGCGGCGUUGGUGUGUACCGUGCAGUGCGUACUAGGCUGACUCCUGAGAGGCCCCAUAGGUCCACAGGAGGUGCAGUGGGUGACCUGGGACUUUGCGUUUCUGGAACAGAGGCUCUGGUCUGAACCGGCGUCGCUCUGAGAGUUUUCUACCCAGGAUGACUUCCGUCACCAAACAGAAUGUAGAAGGACUGUGGACUGAACCUAGGGCCUCACAAAUGUUAGGCAAGUGCUGUGUCACUGGGCUACAUUUCCUGCCCUUUAUCCAUCUUUUUGCUUAGAUACUUAGUUGUGGGUUUGAUUUUGUAUUUUGACUUUUUUUAUAACAAAUGCCAGAAGAAGAAUCAGUGACUUCUAAGACUCGUGAUCAUCAGUUGCAAUCAAGUCUCCACCCUGUGGAAGUGUUUACUAAAUCAUCUGCCCCCCUGGAGAUGACUCAGAGCAUUGCAAAGGAAAAAAUUCAUCUUACCUCCACCCCUGAAAGAGGAGGACAUUGUGAUGUCAGCCACCAGGAAGGACUUCAAUCCAGGUCCCUUCAUUUGUCCCCUCAAGAAUAUCCUGUCCAUGAUCAAGGCAGGAGGCAGUCCUGGCGGCGGGCAAGUAUGAAAGAAAUAAACCGACGGAAGUCACUGCCACCUUUUCAUCAGGGCAUCACAGAGCUCAGCAGGUCCAUCAGUGUCGACUUGGCAGAAAAGAAGCGGCUUGGAGCUCUCCUGCUUUCCAGUUUCCAGUUCUCAGUUCAGAAACUUGAACCUUUCCUAAAGGACACUCGGGGCUUCAGUCUUGAAAGUUUUAGAGCAAAAGCAUCUUUUCUUUCUGAAGAGUUGGAGCAUUUUGUAGACAGCCUGGAAAAAGAUGGAACUCUACAAAAAUGUUUUGAAGAUUCAAAAGAAAAAGCAUUAGAUUUGAAUCUGGAAGCAUCAGUAGCUGAGAUGAAGGACUAUAUAACAAAGUUCUCUUUAGAACAGAAGACUUGGGAUCAGCUCUUGCAGUGCUACCAGAAAGAGGCACUACCAGAAGAGACAUCCAGAGAAUCAACUGAAACCAAAAUUACUGAAGUUAAAGUGGAACCGACAUACCUGAGAUCUUCCCAGAGUAAGGUUCUUGACACAAAGCCUGACUACCAGAAAAUAUUACAGAACCAGAACAAAGUCUUUGAUUGUAUGGAGUUGGUGAUAGAUGAGCUGCAAGGAUCAGUGAAGCAACUGCACGCUUUUAUGGAUGAAAGUACCCAGUGCCUCCAGAAGGUGUCAGUACAGCUUGAGAAAAGAAGCAUGCAACAAUUACAUACUUCACCUGCCCGAAAACUGCUCAGACUUCAGUUACAGAACCCGCCUACCCCUUACUGCUCCGGAUCUUAUCAGUGACCUUGCUCAGCUUUUCUACCACAAGAUGUUCAGAGGGUAAAACUGGGAAGACUUCCCCGGCAUGUGGUGACUGCGUGGCAGUCCGAGCCGGGGGGCUCUGUUCUUUGCUUUUAAGGGUAACUUCCUAGCUGUAAAGCACUUCAUCUUUUUUGAGUGAUAGAAUUUAUGCAUACAAAAGAACAUUGCCAAGACACUUCCUAGGAAUGUGCAAAAUGCUUGAAAUUUCCUUGUGAGGUCACGUUCAAGACCAGUGGCCCAUUCUUUUUAAAUACCCUUCAUGGUCAGAUAUCUUAUCUUACAAAGAUAUUUUUCAGGUUUUGAAACAACCCAAAGUCAGCCGGGUGAGGUGGUGCACGCCUGUAAUCCCAGCACUCCGGAGGCCGAGGCAAGAGGAUCGUUUAGAGUUUGAGGCCAGCC